UCAGAUGUCGCUAAUGUAGCUCAAAAGUCAUGGCGGAUCUUUUUCAUUAGAUUUUACUGAUUUGCCGUAAUUCGUGGGUAGAUUUAUUAUUACCGGCGUCGAAAUAAUUAUAGCUCGUUCUAUUCGUACGGUGAGAGCCCAGUUACACGCGCAUCAUUAUCAGCCAAGUUCCGCUACCGACUCAGUGAAGACGUUUUUGACGGAUCGUCUCGAAUUUCGGUGGGUCAGGAUAAAUAGAUAUUCGACGUCGCACCGUACUCUAAUUGAAAUAAUACGCCUAAUAUGACGCAGUAGACGCCCAGAAGCGUCACUCCAACGUGUUUACGGAUUGAGGGACAGGUCGAUCGAGGAGGCAGCUAUGAACGAGGGAGCGCCUAUGAUGUACCAUGGAAACGGGGGCUUCGGAGGGCCGGGGCCCAUGUACAUGGUUGCGGGAGUGGACAGACAGCCUCGGCAUUACCCAUUGGAGGUGCUGCAGGUGAUGGGAGGCCCCGGGGCGCGCGGCGGGGGCUCGCCGGGCCCCGGCCAGGUCACCCCGCGUCGGUGGCAGCAGCGCCGCGACCGACAGACCAAUAACAAAGGGGACAACACAGCAUUUGGAUAUGAAUCUGAUGAUUCCAGUUUGUCAAGCAAUGCAUCUGGAUCCAACAAAUCUGGGGAAAAAGGCGAAGCAGCAUCGCGUAGUUCGGAACGCAGCAGCGGCAGUGGUUCCAGCGCAGGCGGGCAAGCUGGCUGGUCGGGCUCCCGCGAGUGGCGCGAGUGGCGCUCCCGGCGCGCCCGCGAGCCGCACGCGCGGCCGCGUCGCAUCGCGCCGGAGCGGUAUCUCAACGCGUCAUACCCGUUCCAGGUCAAGUUCACGCCGGAUGACUUGCUCACUGGAUCAAAAUGGGACACACUGUCGCAAGAGAUGUGGGAUAAGUUCGUCAAGUCGCAGCAGACGGAGGAGACCUUCAGGAAGAAGAUGAACCUGUGGCGGUACCUGUACAUUACUAUUAAGUCAAUAUUCCCGCGCUACGGGCUGUACGUGGUGGGCUCGACGAUGUCGGGCUUCGGCCUGGAGUCCUCCGACAUGGACCUCUGCCUCUACGUGCGCCCGCUGGACAAUGUGGAGCCCCGGGCACACGCCCUGCUGCACCUCAACUACAUCCUGGGAUAUAUCCGCAGCUUUGAUCCCGGCGCAGAGCUGAUCCAGGCCAAGGUGCCGAUCCUGAAGUUCCGCGACGCGCGCAACGGGCUGCACGUCGACCUCAACUGCAACAACGUCGUCGGCAUCCGCAACACCAACCUGCUCUACUCAUACUCCAGAAUGGACUGGCGCGUGCGGCCGCUGGUGGCGCUGACGAAGCUGUGGGCGCAGGCGCACGACAUCAACGACGCGCGCCAGCGCACGCUCUCCUCCUACUCGCUCACGCUCAUGGUCAUACACUUCCUGCAGUGUGAGUAUUAA